AUGAAAGGGUGUUAUUGCAGUCUACACAGAGCUUAUUUAUCUAACCCCAAUGGGAAUUUGGGGAAUGUGAAGAUCGGUGUUUGGCAGCAAGUGAAGCAGGAUGCACAGGGCAUACAAGCCACAUGUAUUUGCAAGGCGGCACAGACUUCAGAGCAAGGAAUCAUCCCUGACAGCUUCAAUGAUCAUUUACAAUUUAAAUGUGUCUACCAAUCAUCUUACAAUAACUCAGAACAGUCAACCUUAAAAAAACUGAACCAUUGUGUAAUCUUGUGCCAUCUCUGUGUUCUGCUCCGACGUCCAGCAGCUCAUUCCAUUCGGCGAUUUUUAAAAUGCUCAUACCACGAAAGUGAUUUACCGAAUGUUUUUUACGUUAUGUUGCUGUGGAUUGCAAAUAGGCAUUUCAUCCAAGACACGGCGAGCUGCACAGCAAAUGUCCCUGCAUUUUAUGCAUUUCACACUUUUAUUCAAGGGUUAGUUAUAUCUCCAGCUAUAUUUUCACCAGAUUUGCAGUUAUCUAUCUCUUCUCUUGAUUACUGUGGUAUAUUUAUAUUGCGUGCAGAUAUCUCUGAACGAGAUAAACAGAAAUUGGCAGAGUGGUCAAAACCCAGCAUGCAAAAAUUUCUGAAAUUUCAAAUAUUUAUUCUUUGUUUAAUAGAAAAUAUUUGUCCACUGCUAAUUUAUAAACAUUCCGAAAAGUUGAGCUUUAAAUUGGUAUCGCCUGAUUGGCUCAUUACAGGCAGAGUUGAAAUCCAAGAACAUUCAGCCUUUUUGUUUGAUAUAUUGAAAAGCUUAUUUGGUUUAUAUGAAUCGCCAAUUAAUUUGUCUAUUUUUAUAGUUUCAGGAAAGGAGAUUUUCGAUGCAUCAGUUGCUGCUGAGAGAACCAAAAAUUUGAAAGAACCAAGGAUUAGAAUAAGAACUAGAAAAUGCAGUUAUUUGGUAAAAAUCGUUUUAAAGAAGAGUAAAGGGAUAAGGUCAGUAAAUGAAAUGUCAAUAUCAGCAACAGUAAAACGUUUUCCAAAUUCCAAUAAUUCUUGCAAUUUUUUUGAAAAAAAUAUUUGGAAUUUUCGAAACUCAAAGUUUUUUUAA